GAAACUCAAAUAUUUUGCAAUUUGGGGACAUUCAUCCGUCCGGCAGAACCUCAGGUUACCAAUUUCCAUUUGUUCUGGACCGAAACGUUUGCAAACCGAGCUAACGUUUUUCCCGCCGGAAUGAACGGAAACGCAAGGAAUCCGUUGCAGCCGCGCAACGGCGUUUUAUUGACCUCAUUUUGAUCAUUGUGUGCUUCGAAAUGCCCGCUACGCCCGCUCAACACUGCUAAAGCUAAGAAUAAUUGACCCCGGUGAACUUUUGCUCUCCAACGCCUCAUGUUGAAUGCGUGUGUGCGCUAGCGACGGGACGGACAACGCCGGUGCCGAGCGCACAAGAGUGAAAGCCCGUAUUGGCGCGUGUAUGGCGUUAAGAGAAAAAGAAAUCACGUGACCGAUACAGGGAGUGUGUCGUUUGGAUGUGCCGCGCCAAAUUGUGUUGCUCAGGAAACAAACUGUCGACAUGUGGCGGAUUUGUUGGAUUUUGGACUUUUGCUUGGCCUCGCCUUGUUCCACUGACUUCAUGGAUCCUUCCAAGAACUUUUCCCCGUCUGGAAUCAUUUGGAUCUUUUGACGCCAAAUAAGGUGAAGUGAGCGCCACAGACCCAAUGAGAGCACUUCAUCGAUGCCGAGGCAUUAUUGAACCCGAUCGGCGUGCCAAUGAACAAUUGGCAGAUACUCGUGUGAGUACCCCAGGCAACGUGAUUGGCUGUGAGUUGCUGAUUCCUAAGAAGAAGAAAAGAAAAUGGCGAGCGUCCACAGUCUCUUGCUAAAUGAGGAUGCAUGCAGUCAGCUGAGUGAACAUCAGCGAGCCGAGUUCAUCUUUGAUUGGCUCAGCCGCCUGAAGAAGCGCCUCCCUUCCAGCGACAGGGCCGUCAUCAAACAGAACCAGCGCCGCCUCGUGGACCAGCUCUCGGGCGUUCUGGUGGGCUCGCCCGGCCCGCCCGCCCGCAGGCUGCUGGGCCACUGCUUGGCGCUGUUGUUUCGCCUUGGCGACCCCGUCCCUUCCAGCUUACUGGUGGAGCGGUGCAAUGACAUCAUCCGCGUCAAGGACGACUCGCCGUCGUGUCUCCCCAACAGACUGGCCGCCGUAGCGUGUCUUGGUGCCAUGUUCGAGCAGCUGGGCGGGAUGCUGGGCGGUCUCUUCAAGGACACGUUGGCCAACCUGCUGAAAGCCCUGAAGCACGCCGAGUCUCAAGGUCGCUACGAGAUCGUGGCUUCGCUGGAGAGGAUGCUGCGAGGCGCAGGCGCCGGCGCCGUGUCGGCUCACCGCGAUGUCUACAAGGCGGCCCGGACCUGCCUGAUGGACCGCUCCAUGGCGGUGCGAUGCGCCGCCGCCAGGUGCCUGCUGGAGUUGCAGCGCGAGGCGGCGUUCCUGUGGACCAGCGAGCUGGAGAACGCGUCCACGCUGUGCUUCCGGGCCUUCGAGGGCUCCGACCGUGACGCCCGCGUGUCGGUCGCCAAGCUGCUGGGAACUUUGCUGGCGGCGGCGCUGGAACCCAGGAAUAACGGCGCAGCCCCCAGACCAAGCGGGCGAGGCCGCAGAGCCCUGGAGGAAGUCAUGGAUCUGUUGUCCGUGGGCUUCGUAAGGGGCGGCGCCGGCUUCCUGCGGGCCAGCGGCGACAUGCUGAAGGGGACCAGCUCUGUGAGCAAGGAGGUCCGCUUCGGCGUCACACAGGCGUGCGUGGUCUUUGUGUCCACGAUGGGCGGCGCCUGGCUGGAAGCCAACUUGGCGUCCUUCCUGUCGCUGUCGAUGGCGCUGGCGUCCAACACGAGGGCGACACCCACGGCGGGCGACGCCGCUGUCAUCCGCCGCUGCCUCUCCUUCAUCCUGAGGAACACGGUUGGCUCGCUCCUCAGCGAGAAGGCGCAGGGUAACGCCGCCAGACACCUGUGCGCCAUCGUGGAGACGCACAAACACGCUUUUGUGGCUGAUGGGAAGACGGAGGGCAAGUUCGGCUGUGCGGACGUCACCUCCAGUCAACACGGGUUGGUCUGCUGCCUUUUGGAGUUGGGAGCUCUCAUCCAAGGCUUGGGCUCCACUGCUGCCCCUCUCUUGAGUGACGGAAGCACAGGGCUCCCGGACGUGGUGGUUUCGGUCCUCCUCCACCCAACGUCCUCGGUCCGCCUGGCCGCCGCUUGGUGCCUGCGCUGCGUCGCCACGGCGAUGCCGUCCCAGUGCUCCCCUCUGCUGGAUCGCUGCGCGGAGCGUCUGGCGGCGCUCAAGUCUUGCCCCGAGGCCGUGGCCGGAUACGCAGCCGCCCUCGCCGCCCUGGUGGCAGCGGCGCAGCACUGCCCCCCCGGGAUACCGCACGCCAAGGGCACGGUGGUGGUGGAUCUCGCUGAAGACUUGCUGCGUUCGGCCUCUCAGAACAGUCGCAUCGCUCUGCAGAGGACGCAAUCCGGCUGGCUGCUCAUUUCGUCCGUCUGCACUCUGGGUCCGGCCGUUGUGGAUCAGCACCUCCCACGCCUCCUCCUACUGUGGCGCUGCGUGUUUCCCGCUUCCCUCCGGGAGCAAGAGAUGGAGCUGAGGCGAGGGGACCACUUUACGUGGAAGGUGACGCUGGAGGGCCGAGCCGGGGCUCUCUCUGCCAUGAAGAAGCUGCUGCUCGACUGUCAGGAUGUGUUAACGAACGACGUCAUCGCUCACCUCCUGACGCCCAUCGCGUGCGCCGUCGGCCUCCUCCCAAAACUUCCCGCUCUCGUCGGGUCGUAUGGUUCCCGCGUGGCGGCGUGGACGCCGGUUUACCGCCUGCGAGUGUACGAGCUGCUCGCCACGCUGCCGCCGCAUGUCUACCAAGAGAGUUUCGGUUUGGUGAUGAACCAGCUGGUGUCGGACCUGCUGGCGCAGGAGAACCUCAACCAGCCGUGCUCGGAGCUUGCCUUCCUGCCUUCCCUCUGUCACCGCGACGACCUGCCGCUCCUCGGCCCUGCCCUCUGCGAAAGUGGCCACAGAUACAUUGAAGAUCAGGUGCACGCCGCCGGAGGGUCCCUGGACGACGACCCGUUCGCUCUCUGCGACCGAGGCGACGAGGCUCCCGUGCCAACUCUUCCCGCCGCCGCCCUGACCGCUGCCGCGAGUCGCCUCUUCGGACUCCUCUUCCCACACAUCAUCGCCGCUCAGAGGGUGAAGAUUCUGGAACAGUUUGUCGAGGCGCUGAAGCAGCUGAGGAGUCAACGGCAGCAGACGGUCCAGAUGCAUGUCUGUGCUGCCCUCUGUAGUCUGCUCAAGGACCCGUGCGCCACCCGAGGUUCUUUGGGCCCGGAGGAGGCUCGUGUCCCCGUGCUGUCUCUCCUGCUGGGGGCGCUGGACAGCAGCAGCCCUGUGCUGCGUUGCGCGGUGGCCGAGGGGCUGGCGCGGCUCGUACAGGUCGUCGGAGAUGCCGGCUUCACGGUCGCCGUCUCGCUCCUCUGCUUCGACAGGCUGAAGAGCGCCCGGGACGCGGCGUCUCGCAGCGGCUGCGCUCUGGCUCUUGUGGCGCUGCACCGCUACGUGGGAGGCAUUAGCUCUCCUCAGCAUCUCUCCACGUGUCUGGGAGUCAUCUUCACGCUGAGUCAGGACGCCACCUCACCCGAGGUUCAGACAUGGUCUCUCCACAGUCUGUCCCUGUUGGUGGACCUGUCCUGCGGUCUGUACCGCGCCCACGCGGAGCCCUCCUUUACCCUGGUGCUGCGCCUGUUGCUCUUGGCGCCACCCACGCACCCCGAGUUGCAUCGCAGCCUGGGACGUUGCCUGCACGCCCUCAUCGCCUGCCUGGGGCCGGACCUGCAAGGGGAGGGGUCCAGCGUGGCGGCAAUGCGCUCCAAUUGUCUGGUGGCCUGCGGCGCCAUGCAGGCCACGCCCCACUGUCUGGUUCAGGCCCACGCCAUUUCCUGCCUGCAGCAGCUGCACAUGUUCUGCCCGCAACAUGUUCACCUGGCCAGCCUCGUACCUGCACUCUGUGAGAUCUUACUGGAAUAUUCCAUGUUGGCCAACCUGUGCAGCUCGCACCUGUGCCUGCGUCGGGCGGCGGUGGCGUGCCUGAGGCAGCUGGUCCAGCGGGAGGCGCCGCAGGUGUGCGAGCUCGCCGUGACGCAGGCGAAGGAACCGCAGAGGCGGGACAACACUCGACUGGACGUCGCCAUCAAGGAGGUGGGCCUGGAGGGGGCGCUCUUCUCCCUGCUGGACCAGGAGUCGGAGCCGGGACUCCGGCGGGACAUCCAGGAGACUUUGGUCCACAUGAUGGCGUCCAGCGUCACCGGUGGCAUGCUGGGACGCUGGCUGAAGCUCUGCAAGGACGUCCUGGCGGCGUCCGGCGCUGGGGCUCACGAUCGAAGCGCCGGCGCGGAGGCGGGUCAAGCGGACGAGGACGGGGACCCCAGGGGUGACGACGACUCGUCGGCCUUCCGAGCUCAGGCGGAGUCGGCGGGCCCGUUCCCGGCGCUGCGCUGCUCCACGCGCUGCUUCGCCGUGGAGUGCGUGUGCGGCAUCGUCGCGCGGUGCCAGAAAGACGACCCCGCGCACUUUGACCUGGCGUUGGCGCAGGACAGACGCCGGCACGCGUCCGCCGACUUCCUGGUGCUCCACCUGGGCGACGUGGUGCGCGUGGCCUUCAUGGCGGCCACGGACCACGCCGAGCGUCUGCGCCUGGCGGGGCUGCGGGCGCUGCUGGCCGUCAUCGUGCCGUUCGAGAACGUGGCCGAACCCGAGUUCCCGGGCCACGUCAUCCUGGAGCAGUACCAGGCCAACGUCGGAGCCGCUCUCAGACCGGCGUUCGGUGCAGACGCUCCUCCUAACGUCACAGCCAAAGCCUGUCAGGUCUGCAGCACGUGGCUGUCGAGCGGCGUGCUGAGCGAUCUGCGCGACGUCAAGCGCGUGCACCAGCUGCUGGCGUCUUCGUUGGCCAAGGUCCAGACGGGAAGCGAGCCGCGCGGUCGGCUGUACAAUGAGGCCACGGUUACCAUGGAGACCCUGGCGGUCCUGAAGGCCUGGGCCCAGGUUUACAUCGUGGCCGUCCAGAGGAGCCGACGGGAGGCCGGACCCUCCGGGUCGGGAGGGGCGGGCCUUCUGGCUCUGGUCCAAUCGGAUCUGCCCCAGUUGAGCCGCCUGUGGCUGGCGGCGCUGCAGGACUACAGCGUGCUGACGCUGCCCCGGGAAGACUGCGACGGCCCGCGAGCGCCGGCGGCAGGAGGUUCCUUCUUCACGGCCGAGACAGCCAAUCAGGCCAGGAGUCACUACGCUUCCUCCUGGGCGCCCAUCCUGCACGCCACGGCGCUCUGGCUGCACAGCACAGGUUUCGUGACGUACGAGGACACCCCUGGCAACCUGUCCCGCCCGGUCACGCCCAACUCCAUGGGGCACAGCGGUUCAGCGGACGACGCCGAGAGUCCGGAAGACGUCAACGCGGAGCGGCUGCACCUCAUCCUGGGCCUCAGCGUGCACUUCCUGUGUUCCCCUCGCUCGGAGGAGCAGAUGGAGAACAUCGCUUCCUGUCUGCAAGCUCUGCAGGCGCUGCUGGACGUCCCGUGGACCCGAGCCAAGAUCGCGAGUGACCGGCUGUUGAGCGUGGAGCUGCUCAGCGUGCUCCACAGGCUGCUGGUCACCAGAGAGUCGGCGUCCGUCCAGGCGGCCGUGGCGGACCUGCUGGGACAGAUCGUGAGGGCCACGCAGGAGCACGUCAGGGAGAAGCGACACAGCGCCGAAGCGGACGACGGCGCGUCGGAGAAGGAGACCUUGCCGGAGUUCGGGGAGGGCCGCGAUACGGGCGGCCUGGUGCCGGGACGCUCGCUGGUCUUCGGAGCGCUGGAGAUCUGCCUCAGCGUGCUGCUCAGAAAACUGCCCGCGCUCAGCCCCAAACUGGCCGGGACCCCCAGUGCCGGUCCCGGCGGUUCGGUGUGGCGUCUGAGCGACUGCGAUUGUCAUCUGGUGUCGUCGGCCUUGCGUGUCCUCUCCCAGCUGCCGUCGGUCUGCUCGCCCGAAGGAAGUGUGUCCGUCCUACCCGCAAUCCUCUACUUGCUGCUGGGAGUGCUCAGAGAAAUUGUGCUACAGCCCGGCGCAAACAAUGCGAAGUGCGAGCUCCCCACGUGUCCUCUCCCGGAGGCGUCGGGCUCCGGCGACGGCGGGAGCGGACCCCCUCGGGUGGUGCGGGCGCUUCUGCGGGCGCUUAAGACUGUGUCGGCGCCGGCGACGGCUCGGCGGGAGAAAAGUGGCGGCGCGCGCGACGCCGUACUGCGCUCGGCUCUCCGUGCGCUGCUCGACAUGUGGAACGCCGGGCCGAGCGUCGCGGCCCCGACGGUCCUCCUGACGGCCCUGACGGUCUUCCUGCUGAGCGCCGGUCCGGACGUGUGCGCGGCGGCGCCUUCUCUGCACGCCCUCGCGCUGCGGCGCUUCAGCGACGCCAUGGACGCCGAAGACCCCGACGUGUCGUGUCGAUGUUUCCAGCUGCUGGCGUCGCUCUUCGGGGCGACGCCGGAAGUUUCCGUGCCGUACAUCCGCACGCUGGGACCGCCGCUGCUCAAAUUCCUUCAGAAGGUGGCGCGGCGCCGGCCUCAAAGUCCCGAGGAGCUGCGGGCGGUUCUGGAGGGCGUGGCCGCCUUGGAGGUUCUGGUCCUGGCGGCGGACCGACACCAGCUUGGUCCCCGCGCAGGUCCCGGGCUGGUGGCCAUCUUGUUUCCCGCGCUCAUCGCCUUCCUGCUGGACGAGAAUGCGCUGAGCUCGGCCCCCGCGCCGUCCCGCUCGCUCCACCGGGCGGCGCUCGAGGACCUCGUGCGGCUGGGACCGCAACACUCGGCCGUCUUCAGGUCUCUGAUGUCGACGUCCCCUGACCUCAAGUCCCGCCUGGAAGCCGCCCUCAAGGCAAGCCAGGAGAGCGCUAGCCACGCUAAAACUAACGCAGCCGCUGACUCGCCCGGCGGCGCGGUCAAGUCGUCGCCCACCAUCACGCUCAAAACCAACUUCCUGUGAGGUCGGCGAGGAGGCCGAUUGGUGGGCCGCCUCCCGCGAUGUGUUCACGCUCCCUUGUACAAUACACUACUUGCCCUGUCCAACAGGAAGUUACGCAACUCGUCUUUGACAGGAAGACGACGCCGACUUCCUGUCAGGAGCCUUUGAUUGUGUUUUCUUGGAAUUGCUCCCAUGUUUUUGUCGGGGGCUUCAACAUGCUCGAAAACUAGCCACGUGGAUGCCGGUGUACGUUUCUUGAUUUCGGGGCUCCGCAACACUGCGUCCCAAAACUCACUCAGUAGCGCCCCCUGGAAGGUGAGACAAAAAAUUGCCCCGGCAGCAGUUUCAACAAUUGACACGAAAUGAUGUGGACAUGUCUGUCAUGAAAGUUGCAACAGGAAGUCAGCCAUUUUGCUUUGAAGCAGCCAUUAUGGGUGAAUUUGAUUAUUGAGUCCCCUGGGAACUUCGAGGGGUGGGAGAAGAGCCCCCAGGACUGGUUUCGUGGCGGUGGUGUGAAAUUUGCCGUACGUCUAUCAUCGCGGGACGCAUGGAAAAUGCCCGAAAUGAAACGCCAAGUUGAAGCAGCCAUUUUGGACAAAUUCCUACUGAACACGUGCGGAAUUCAUCCUGUCGCGUUUUUUUGGUUCCCUUUUGUUUUCAUUUCUUCAACUUCCUCGACGUCGCGUGCACGAGCUGCAUUUGCAGUGCUGGGAAAAAGCCUCCCCAAAUUCAGACUUUUUUGCAGUUUAUUCAGAUCAUCAAAGAUAAGUCAAACAUCAAGUUGGAUUUCCAAAUGGUGAUCUUUGAGUGCAGUACAUUCAAAUCAUCUUUUUUCCCAGAACGUUUGUCGUGAGCCGGCUUCCUUGUCCCCAAAUAGGCGUCCCGUUCAAGUUCUGCGUCCCAUAAUGCUAUUUUCCUCAUUUAUUCUUUUGAAGCUCGUCUAAUAAAUACUUUGAUCAAAAAGUUGAUUGAUUGUAACGUGGCUUCUUCAGCGAAAGAAAUAACCCACUCAAAAUUCAUGUCGACAUUUCAGAGGGGUUUUUACAGUAACUUACGAGCAGCGUUGCCAGUAGUGUUUGAGGGAAAAUAAUAAUAAUAAUAAUAACAAUAAUUCCUUGCUUGAGUAGUGUGGGGGGAAUUGUGAGAGGAGCCAGAUGAGGCGGCCGGGGCAUCUGAUUCGGACGCCUCCCCGCUGAGGUGUUCCGGGCACGUCCCGCCGGGAGGAGACCCCUGGGGACGACCCGGGACACGGUGGAGAGACUACGUCCCUCGGGAUCCUCCCGGAAGAGCCGGAUGAAGUGGCCGGGGAGAGGGAAGUCUGGGCGUCCCCGCUAAAGCUACUGCCCCCGUGACCCGAAGAAAAUGGAUGGAUGGAUGGAUGGCUCUGUCUUCACAUGGACUACUGUAAAAAAAAUAAAAAAAAAUAAAAAAAGGACUGAGUCUGAAAUAUGUACCAGGGCACAAAAGUAAAGACUUUUUAUUAUUAUUAUGAUGAUCAAUUCUAUUGAAUACCAGAGGUGGGUAGUACCACCCAUUUUUUGGGGGGGGGAAUUGUACAUGUCAGAAUAGUUUGAAUGCAGCACACACUUGAGUAUUUCUGUUCAGAAGGAACUGAGCUACAUUCUGCUUCCUACUUUUGUUGUUGUUUUAUUUAUUUAUGACUUGUGCUGUUUCACGGGAAGUUAAAUUCUGGUGAUAGAAUUCCAUUUCAGCAUUCAGACACACAAACUUUGCAUUGUAAACCUGAAUAAAAUGGCUCAAACUUAA